AUGUCUGGACUACUCGAGGAGGCUUUCACCCCGUGUCCGUCGAGGUCGAGAUCCUCCGGCUUCGGCGAUACCAGUGGCAGUGAGACAUUCGACAGUUUCAUGGACGACUCGGUCUGUGAAGCUACAGACCAGAUUGAUUUCACCACCGAAAUCCGCGCCCCAGUCUUAACCGGAGCUCGUCCUCGACGGGCCAACCGAACUGGCUCUACUUUUCAUAUCCAUGACGAUCCAAUCGAAAACCGAAUCGGCCCAGUUGAGAAACGCAGAAGGCCAAACAGCCUGGCAAAACCACAAUCCGAUCGCAAAUCAUCUCUCCUUGCCCAGCCAGCUCUGCGCUUCCGCCCUAAAGUCAAUUUCGCCCAAAGCCCGCCGACCCGCCCUGUGAAACAAGAUAUCGAACCCCAGCCGAAGCUGCAACGACGUGAUAAGACAGCCAGCGAAGGAAAUACCAAACAGCACGAUGACAAGCGCGCAAGCAAGGCGAACAAUGACGACGGAUUGAAGAGGAACGUCCGGCGUGACACCGUGUACAUUCCUCCGGAUGAUACCACGGUAGCCAGCGUUUUCAUGGGGCUAUUUAGCCCGCUCAAGAAGCAGAGAGGGAACAUCCUGCCCAACGCGACUGAGGAUACUCAAGUCAACACACUGGAGUCCCAGAUUGCAAAGCGCCAGGCUCGAAAGUCAAUGGCGGCAUCUGCUCGGAGAGCGCCUUUGCAGCCGAGCGCAAAGAUUGCGCAGGAGACUGCAUCAAGAUGCGAUAUUCCUGGCAAAAAUGGCGGCAAAGAGAAUGUCCCCCCUGGGACAUUGUUCGACGACGGAAAGAAGCAGAAGGCUCAAUCUAAUUUUCCGAUGAAAUCCAAGUCCACCAACGCUGUUUCGGCGCCCAACCCAAUUCGUCGUACCACUGUCCAACAACCCAUGGCCCAAAAGACAACAUCGAACCGAAGCGCCCUUGGAGAGAAAAACGGCAAUUCUAAGACCCCACUGUCUACUUCCGUCCGAGAAACAAAUACUCUCGCUAAACCAAAAGGGCAAACUCUUCAGAAGAGCUCGGCAUCGCUCAAUGCCCGAGCAUCUGCUCUGUCAGGUGGCCUUGGCGGCAGCAGAUCAACUCACCUCUCCCGAAUGGGGAAUGCCUCGUCCAAACGGAAGGAUCUGAAUCUCGAAUACCCUGUGUUGACGGAGAAUACCGCUAAGCCUGCUUUGUAUGAGGAAAAUUGGCUAUCACAUCAGGAGACCGUUAUUACACAAUUGGUCAACGCGUUGCUUGAAUGCACAAAUGGUGAUUCUAUUCCUCGCGACCCAAAUCCUCUCCGACUUGAGUUGCUCGAACUGUACCAUACCGAGUACUUCGCUCGGCUUCACCAACGCCUCCAGGCGUCACUCUCAUGCGGAACAUUGAGCAUUCCAAAGGACCUUAUUUCCCGCCACAAUCGCCUGCGACAAGAUGUUGGUCUACGGCGACGAUUCCUUGACAUUUGGAUUCAAUCUUACGAUCUCCGCGCUUUGGUGCCUGCUGUGGAAACAGUCGUCGGCCGACAGGUCUCCAACGACCCAGGCUUCCUCGAUCUUGGCAGUGAUGGCUCCGUUGCGUACGAGCCAAAUAGAGUGGUCAUCAGGAAGCUGGAAGGAUUCCUGGAGGCAUUUAUCCUUCGCAAUGAGGAUAUCGAUCAGACUCUUCCCUGUUCCAGGGAUAUUCCGAAAGAGAUGCAGGCGAGAGCUUAUCGUCGAACCGUCCUCCGGAGCAUCCUGUUGGUUGUCCUCUUGGAUGAGGCAAGACAGUGCCGCGGGACAAGCCUUCCCCGGCAGCUCUUUGUGCCUUCAUCUCCUUUCAAGUCUUCCGUUGAAGUGCUUCAAUCUCUUGCCCGCGUGUUGCUACCCUCCUGUGGAGACAUGGCUAAGCCUUUAAGUCAUAUCGGCUGCUGUCUGUCUUACAAACAGCACCAGUUGCAGGAGUACAGUUACCAAAUGGACAACUUGGCAGUCGAUCUGAGAGAUGGAGUACGGCUGACGAGAAUCGUCGAGAUUCUCUUCUUUACCUCAGAGCAUGUGCGAUCUGAUGCGGAAGACCAAAUGGAAGUCACGCUGUACAACGGAGAUGCGUUAUCGCUACUUGGUGACGAGACAGAUCUCCCCCUGUCGAAACAUCUGAAAUUCCCAUGCAUCAGUCGAGCUGCAAAACUCUACAAUGUUCAGAUUGCUCUCUCUGCCUUGAGCUCCAUUCAAAAUUUCGGCUUGGUCGUGCGCGAUACUAGACCUGAAGACAUCGUGGAUGGCUACCGUGAGAAGACCAUUGCCCUCCUCUGGGCAUUGGUUAGUAACUGGGGUCUGGCCGGCCUGAUCGAUUGGGAUGAUGCCCGCAAGGAAAUCACACGACUCAAGAAGAAAGCUUUCCUGCAGCUUGGGCCCGACAAAUGCCACCAGUCGUGGCUUGCUGAUAGCGAGCCAAAUGACAACGAUGAGUAUGCUCGGGUUCUGCGCCAGUGGGCUUCCAUCUUGGCAGCAUUGAAGGGACUGCACAUCGCCAACAUGACUACCAGUUUUGCCAAUGGAAAAGUCUACGAAAGCAUUAUCAACGAAUAUGAGCCUUACAUCAUCGGAAAUACGGCCCAACACAGCACUUUGGGUAAUAGACAGCUCAUGUCUCUAGAAUCGCGUCUGCGUCUGCUCGGUUGCAGCUCUCAAUUUGCACAACUUGUUUCACCAAAAGCGUCGUCUUCGCAUAUUCUCGAUGGCCACUUUACUCUUGGGGUCCUUGCCUUCCUUUGUUCUCGAUUACUGUCUGCCUCAAAGCAUGCCCGGGCGGCUACGGUUUUGCAGCGUACCUGGCGAGCCCAUCUUGUCAAGCGUGAUGCCAUCCGCCGCGCCAUUGCGCAGGAUCUUGCUGCUAAUUGUGCCGCUGUCGUUCAAACGAGAAACGAAAUUCUUUGGGCGAAAGAGGUCAUUACUCGUUGGUGGAGAAAUGUCAAAGCUCACAGGCAAUACGCCGAUACAGUCCGAUAUCCACCUCGACACAAGACCGGCGACCAAAGCCGUGGAGCCGUUACGCGUUGGCUCUGA